AUUAUAUCCAUCCAUCCUCGAUCCAUCUAGGCUUUCACCGUCUCACACACACACAAAAUUCGUCACAGUGAUCAAAGAGUGAGAUUGCUUAGUAUUAGCAGCUGCACCGACGUAAGUGCGACGAUGGACGCGCCGGCCCCCGACAACAUCGCCGCUGAGGAGGCCGGGCAGCAACAGAUGCACCAGGACGAGAAGGAGCACAGGCCGAUGUUCAGGAGAGUCAAGGACAGGAUGAGGAAGAUGAAGAACACCAUCGCCGGCCACGGCCACGAUCACGAUCACGAUCACGAGCAGGACACCGGGGGCGGUGAUAGCAACAGCACCGGCGAGGACGAGGAGGAUGCGGCGACGAGGGAAGCCGAGGUGGAGAAGGCCGGAUACCAGCAGCAAGACGUCGAGGACAAGCCCAUCUUCGCGGACUCCAGUCCCGAGCUGCACGGCGCACCCAUGUACGACUCGGAGAGGAUCCCUGCGGCGGCCAAGGAGGUGGAGCACAACGACGCUCCGGCAGCGGCGCAGGAGGUGAAGCGCGACGACGCCGCGGGGAUGCGGCUCGGCGACUUGGGCGGCCCGCCGUCGGCGAAGGAGGUGAAGCUGGACGACACCCAGAGGGUGCCGCUCGGCGACCUUGGCGCCCCGGCAGCGGCGCAGGAGGUGAAGCGCGACGACACCCAGGGGGUGCGGCUUGCUGACCUUGGCGCCCCGGCAGCGGCGCAGGAGGUGAAGCGCGACGACACCCAGGGGGUGCCGCUCGGCGAUCUCGGCAGCCCUGUCGUCGAGGACCCGGCCGUGCCGAACUCGAGCACGCCCAUGCCGCCAGGUGGCCAAGACAUCGGCACGACGGAUGCCGUCCGUAACUUGGAGGCGAUGACUGUGUCAGACGACCCCAAGCAAGUCGGCGCACGGAAGAUGGACGUCGACGUGAGCAAAGAGUAUGAGGCAAUGCCGGUGUCGGACGGCACCGGGGAGGAACGGAACGACGCACCCACGGACGCCGAGUACACCGGGAGCGACACGGACAGGCUCAAGAAUACGGCAGCUGGCACGGUAUAUGAGAAGGUCGCCGGCGUCGGCACGGUCAUGGCGAGCAAGGCGCAGCAGGUCACCCCCGGCGUCGGCGCUGGCGGGAACGCGCAGGACGACUCCAGCGCAACUGCCGCCCCUGAAUCGGUGACCGCCGGUGCCGGGAAGAGGGACCUCGACUUGCCGCAAGAGGGAACGCGGGCGUCCUACACCGGCACGGAGGGGCUGAAGGACGCGGCAACGGACGCGGCGGGCACGGAGGGGCUGAAGAACGCGGCCACGGACGCGACGGGCACGGAGGGGCUGAAGAACGCCGCCACGGACGCGACGACGGAGGGCGCGCCUGGCGCGACGUACACGGACAUGAUCAAGUCCGCGGCGGCGGGCACCACGGAGUACGGCAAGAAGCUGGCUAGCACGGUGUACGACAUGAUCAAGUCCGCGGUGGCGGGCGCCACGGAGUACGGCAAGAAGCUAGCGAGCACGGUGUACGAGAAGGUCGCCGGCGUCGGCACGGCCGUUGCGAGCAAGGCCCAGCAGGUGACGACAUCGGCCGGCACCGCGGUGCUUCACGGCGCGGCUCCAAGGACCAACACGAAUGUGAUGUGAAGUGCAGCCUGUGAUCACUGAUCAGUGCGCCGGGGUCGAUCGUGGGAUCGCUGGAAUAAGUCGCCUGCUUGGUGGUUGGGUUCAUCUGGGGCUUCAUCGUUCCUAUAUUUUGGGCAAAACGUGUUCUACAGGUGUUCGUGUGAGUUUCACACAGUUUUGUAUGUCUGUAAAUCAUGUACGGUACGCGUGUGUAUGUACAUGUUUCUGUCUGUCUGUAAAUUCUUUUCAACUUCACGUGUGUAAUCUGUGUCUUCAAACACUCGAUGUUUCUUCGUC